AUGACACGGAAGAAUCGGUCACCGAGUCGAGGUAAAGGAAAAAGAUUUGGACUUAUCCAUGUAUUGAAAACAGGACCUGUCAUUAAGUCAAAACAGAUUUCUCUAAUUGACAGCUCCCUGGCGUCAAAGAAACGCCUGGUCGUAUACAUCAGGAGACCGGUCAAUGAACGCAGCCUGGCCGGAAGUCACGCGUCUGGGUGGGAGCGUCCCCGCAAACACAGUGUCAUCAAUAUCCUUUACUCGCUAACCCGGAUUAAAAAAUGUCAUGACGAGUGCAAGGGGAACGGGAUCCUCUCUGCGUCCGCUCUACCUGUCAACGACGCCUGGAAACACGUGGUCAGACAACGUCGUAACGCUGCCAACCGUCAACCACCUCAAGAUAUCGACCAACUCUUCCAAAGUCUCAACGCCAACACCGACACCUCCAUCUUUCUUCGUAACGCUCAGGGUGCCAGACCGGGGUCAUAUUUACACAGCGGGCUGAACACCGACCAGGUGCCCGACAGUUCCCACUUCGGAGGCAUCACCUGUCCCAGCAGCGUCAGUGACGACCCUCAGGACCCCCUGUGGAAGAGGUCCCUCUGUCCCUGGUACUACAACGUCACCGAUCUGCCCGCCGGUCACUACCCAAGUGCCAUCCCCCAGGCCGUGUGUAAGUGUGACAAAUGCGUUGACAAUAACCAAAACCAGUGCGAGAGAGUUUCCACUCAAAUCCGAGUUUUAGAAGAAACUGGCAGUGAAAAUGGUUUCUUUAUCUACAAGCCCAAAAUCGUCACCCAUUUCGUUGGGUGCACUUGUGCCAAACGCCGGACACCAACAGUAGGUUCGAACACCGCCCCAACAGCAUCAGGCAGUGAAAGCAGUUGUGGGGAUUAUGGAUGUGCCCCCUAAACGAGAGACUCGUAGACGAUGUCGCCAAUUGAUGACAACUAUCCCGUUUAGGUAGAAAUGUGUUGUUCAAAAGCUGCAUUUCCGUCCAUGUAUGAAAUGCCUUAUUUCUUCAUACAUCACCACGACAUUAAUUGAGUUUAUUUUCAUUUAUUUAUUAAAAAUUCAUUGUAUAUGCUUAAAUAUUAUGAAUGUGUGUAUUUUGAAUAUUCACAGUCAUGCCUUUAUAGUGUGCGUGUGCGUGUGCGUGUGCGUGCGUGCGUGUGUGUGUGUGUGUGUGUGUGUCUCAAGUUGAAACUUGGACCGAUGUCUGUAUGAAUGUUUGUUUAUUGCUGAAAUAGAUGUAAUUUUCUUCAAGGUCAGCACCAGACACUCAAAGUCAUUCCAUUCAUCCAACUUAUAUACAUUUAGGUUGUUACUUUUAUUGUUGACGUGUUGAAUAAAUAUUGUUUUCUGAAAGAAAGUUUUUCCUUCUCCGCCACUGUCCGGUAGAGGGCCUAAGACCAUUCUGACGUCAUUAUGAUUGAUGUGACGUUAUAUACUUGUCACGUCAAAUUAGAUUUGUGCAAUGCGCGUAGAGGUCACGCCAAGGGCCAAUUGUCAUACAGGAUUACCUAACCUCAGGGUAAAGAUGCAAUCAUUGACUGUGUCAUUAGUUAUUAAAUCUAGCUAGCUGAUCGCCGUUUUAUGACAAGAUAUAUUAUUGCACCGGCUAGUCAUGACAAUCUUUGAUACGGAUGUUUAGAAUGGGUUGCCUGUGCUGCUUGUAAGAGGCGUGGUAUGAGGUGGCGAUCAGGUGAUAGCGUGUUUUACCACAUGUGAUAAAGCUGUUCUCUGGGUUUGUUUGUUUAACUCUCUUGGUGCCACGGGACCAUAUAUGGUCCCUCACUUUUCACACCCGCUUAGUGCCAAGGGACCAUAUAUGGUCCCGAGAAAAUGCCCUUUUUAAACUGUGAAUUUUGAUAAAUACUA